UCGACCGAUCUUAAUGUCCGGUGCGACUAGUACUUAUAUUGGGUCGUGCUCUCGUAUCAUUCUUUUUCGUUUUGUCGCAUGUUGAAGGUUGAUCUACUUCCGUCACUUCCACCACCUUGUUCCUGACUUCUUGUCAGAAACUCAAUCCCAUCUUCCCCUUUUCCUUUCUUUCUUGUCUGUUCAAGGGCUGAGCCUUGAACGAUCUUAGUAAUUAAACAUGUCGGAGAAAAACGACGUGACCCAGACCGAAAAUGGGGUUCCUAAAUCCAAGCGCACCUGCGCGAGACACUGCAAGCGCUUCUGGUGGGUGUAUCUCAUCGUCCUCUGCAUCAUCACCGUCAUUGUGGUUCCUGUGAUAAUUCUUGUUGCUGUCCCCAAGAUUGCACAGAGCAAAAUCAACGAAGCCGAGCUUGAGAUCCAAAGUGUUCAAAUUCUCGAAACUGAGGAGGGUGCCUAUCUCAUGAAGAUUGACUCUUCCAUCACCACCGAUGGCAAGAUUCAUGCAUCAGUUGAUCCAUUUGAGGCCGAAAUGUAUCUCGAGGACUGGCCAGCACAUGUACCAUUCGCGACAGUGAACAUGCCCGAGACCAACAGCAACAAACACCAGGUCGUGAACGUCACUCAACACGUCAAAAUCGCCGACAUGGAAGAGUUUACUCGAUUCAACAUCUGGUUCCACAACAACGAAACGCUGCGUGUCACUGUCAAUGGCAAGACAAAGGUCAAGCCAAGUGGUCUGACGCGCAAGUACGGCGUCACCUUCAAGAAGACAGUUGAGCUCAAGGGACUUAACCACUUCGCUGGAACCGAGGUCACGGAUGGCCACAUUGGUUUCGGCGAUGGUACGGAUGAGCCCAACUUUAACGGUACAACCGUUAUUCCCAACGCUUCUGUCUUCACCCUUGACAACGGAAACGUUACCUUUACAAACUUCGUCGGAGACGUAGAGGUUGGUACUCUCACAAUUCCAAACCUACUCCUCAAGCCAGGCAACAACGUUGUCAACAUCACCGCCAGCAUGAACCAAAGCUUGGUUCUGAACGCCGUUCAGCAAGAGCCCUACUGCAAGACAGGUAUCCUUCCCUUCAAACUGUUGGGCAAGUCGGUCAUGAACCAUGGCGAAAACCUCACAUAUUUUGCCGCGGCGUUGGGAAGCUCAAACCAGACUGUCGAAAUCGACAUUGGUUCCAUCCUAAAGAAGGGCAUUGGCUAUGAGGUGAAGUGCAAAAAGAACUAGUCGCAAAGCAUUUUUGGUCUUUAGGUCGCGUGCCAGGUGUGCUGAGGCAGGAAAGAAGGAUGAAAGUCGUCCGGUCGAUUAAUAUAAAGCUAGGUAGUGGUUUGACCAGAGGCGUAGCCGAUUAUAAUGAUACCUUUGAUGCGGGCCACCGUUUAUACCCUGCACCCAGAUGUCAAGCUCAGAUUUCUUC